UAGACUUGUCUUUGAGUUUGUGAAUUUGCAUGGUUUCUGUACUUGCAGCUGUUUUCUGUAAUUCAGACGCUUUUGGCCGUUGCAGUGCAUUUGGCCCUUGUAGGCCACCGUAAAUGAGCCCCAUAUGAGCGGCCUAUUGCAGCUGUCAAUCAUAUACGUGUGUGUCCCCGUAGGCGUGGCGUAUGGUCACGCUGUGUUACGUAGGCGCCAUGUUAAGCCUCGUUAAUCCGUCUGAUACAGUAACAAUGCGUGGCCGUCAUGUUGUCCACCUCUAAGCGCGUUCCGUCUGGCUCAGCCACCAUUUUGAGACGGACCUCUCGCAUGAACUGCAUGUCAACAAGCAUGGUGAGAAGAAAAGCAGGAGUCAGGAAGACUGCAACCCGUGGAAGGGGUAGAGUUUCAUCUGAAUCUCCUGCGCCAUCAUCUGAACCCCGAUCCCCAACACCAACAUCGGAGGAGGCCCCUGAGGUGGUGGUGGACGUCACCCUCCCUACGGUCAGGCUGACCCCAGCAGUACACAGUGCACAGGAGGAGUGUGGCGGUAAAAAGAGGAGAAAAAAAAGGCCCCCAGUUAUACUUCCAGAGGAAACCACUGCUGAGUUAGCAGCGUGGUGGCAGGGGGCAGCAGGUCUCUACAACAGACGCGCCCUAAAGUACCACGACACCGAGUGGAAGAGGGCAGAGAUAACAAAGAAGGCGGAGGAGCUCGGUUUAACAUGCGAGAAGUUGGAGCAGUGGAUGAAAGGGAUUAGAUCACGUUUUGGCCGCAGGGACCCACCUCACAAGUCAGGCUCUGGAAUAAACAAAGGCCCAACUGACCAUGAAAAAAAGAUCAAGACGAUGUUCUCAUUUCUACAGGAGCAUAUUUACAGACAACCUGGAAGGCAGUCUAUAAAGUUCCACAGCCCGUCACAAACCACAGAAGGCUCAAGACACACCUCAUCAUCAUCGUCGUCGGAGGAGGAGGACUCCACUGGGCACUCGGGGGGCAAUCAAGGCCUGGGUGAGAGCCAGAGCAAAGGCAAAGGUGUGAAGGCUGGUCCUGGCAAGGCAAAGUCUCAUUCCAGAAAGAAAACACGACACGAUUGUUCAGGUGCUGGUGAUGCCCACUAUUCAUCUUCGGCAUCAUUGGAUGCUGCAUUGACCAGGUUCCUUGAUGCUGCAGACAAGUCCACACACCAACUUGCAGCACUGACAGUACCACCAACAGGGUAUGAGGGCAGAGUGACAACAUUUUUAGGACUUGUGAAGUCCACAAUUCUCCAUGAAGUCAAAGAAGAAGACUUCAUGCCAUUCUCACUACAUAUGAUGUCAGGGAUCAAUGAUUGGGUACAAGAAAAAAGGCAGCAGGACACAUACGUGCAGCAGCAGUUUCCUCCUCAACCACCACAGCCCCAACCACCAGGACCCAGUCAGGGGACCACCCAACCCCACUGGCAGACAGGAUUAGGCUACCAAAAUGAUGGUGGUUACUACCACAGCCAAGGCAACCACUACACCCCUCAACGGUACCCAUCUGAAGGCCAACCAGUCCAGGGAAUCCAGACACCCGCAACACAGUCAACACCAUGGGACUCCAGCACACCUGGAGAAGCUGUUAAGAAGGAGGAAGCCUAAGAGUGUCUUAAACAGACAAGACGGAAAGACAGAGAGAAAGGA